AUGAAGCGCAAUGAUUUGUUUCUCCGACGUCGGACUAAUCUAACGACAUUGAGUGACGAACAACUUGCCGACUUCAACUUCGCACACACCGUUUUGAUGGACGCGACUGCAGUGUACUUUGAAGACGCUCGUGAGCAGACUGUCGAGAUUCGCGGUAGCCGUCACGUUGCUGUGAAGUCGACCGGAUUUGGGUCUAUGUGCGUUACGGUAGUUCUAGCCACCACUGCAAUGGGUGUAAAGCUACCACCGCUUGUUAUCUGGAAACACAAAAAUGGAUCCCGCAAGAUUGAAAAGGUUGGAGGCACAUACGUAGCCUAUCAGCCCAAAGCCUGGGCUGAUUCAGAGCUACUCUGCAACUGGAUCGACACGGUGUUUCCGCGUGUGGUGCAAGCCAACGGCAAGGCUCUUGUAUGGGAUAGCAUGAGGGCGCAUAUUUCCAAGAAAGUCAACGCCAAGUGUGCGGCUCGUGAAAUCGCUAUGUGUGUGAUCCCUGGAGGUCUAACUGUUUGGGGGACAUAG